CACUGCGAUCUUGUAUCCGACCUAUGACCUUCAAAAUGGCUACCGCGGGUUGUUGUUCUGAUGAUCGAAGAUGACAAGCAGAAGAAAACUGGCGCGUAGGGCGCCCGUGUGCUCGCUAACGGCGAUCCUUUGGAUUGCAUUUGGCCUCUCACUAACGUCGGUCAUCGUGACUGUCCUGUACCUCCCAACGCUAAGGUCUCAGCCUGCAGAACGAAAGAAGCAGGAAUUAAAGCCUGAUGUUGUGGAGGACUGGGAUGGUAACGUCCUGCUGGACCAGAUGACUGACCAGACCCACAUCAGUGUGGGCGGCUGGUGGGUCCCGCAUGUCCGCUGGGAGGAGGAGGUCAGCUGUACUGUAGGGGGCCGCAGCUUGUGCCAAAAGGUUCUGAGUGUGAUGUGUAAGGCAGACAGUGUGAGGGCAGUGUACCAGUAUCUUCCAAUUAGACCUGAUACAGACAUCAAGACUAUUUACUUCUCAGCGCGAAGUGCAGCCGUAGAUCUACAAUCUGUGGACUCGGUGCAUGAUGCUGACUACAGUGCAAUAGCUAUGGUGAAGUUUGAUGAUGGAAGUCAUCAGACCCUGAGGUUAGAUUUUCCCAGUGGAAGUCACCCAUUUAUUGCAGCUGAAAAUGAUAUGGGUGUACCAAAUAAUCAGAAGGUGGUGAGUGUGCUGGUCAUGCUGUUCUGCCAUGGCUACAUGGGGCUGGUCAAGUUCACUGAUAUCAUUCUCAAGCCUGUUGGAGCAGCAGGAGGAAUGAUUGCCACAGAGCGGGGGGACAUUGUUUCUUCCUGUCCACCAGCUUUGCUGUCCCCCGUGUCAGCCACCAAACCCACCUUCCACUACGAGCACAUCUUCAAUGCAACAUUCACUGAGUACAAAGAGGACACAGUGACCCUAGUGACCCAGGUGUCCAUGGACCGGAUCGCCAUGUUAGACCGGAUCAUCAGACACUGGGACGGGCCCAUGGCAGUGGCUCUGUAUGUACCAACAACCUCGCAGAAACCUGACACUAACCACGACUGGAAGAGAUAUUACAUCAACAAGAAGUUGAGACAUCCCAAGUUCCGAACAUUCUGUAGUGUUCUGGCUGUGUAUGCAAAUGUGGUUAAUGAUGAGUAUCCCAUCAACUAUCUCAGAAAUCUGGCUCUACGAAUGGUGAAAAGCAAAUAUGUCUUCCUGUUGGAUGCUGACUUCAUCCCAUCUCCAAACUUCCAAGAUAAUUUCAGGGUACUGAUAAAUGACCAGUCAGAUCCAACGGACAGAACUGCCUACGUGGUUCCUGCGUUCGAGUUCUUAGAAGAACAAGAGGACCAACCUCCCCCUCAGGACAAGGAGGCUCUCAAACAACAGAUCUUUGCUGAUGAUGCCAACAUUUUACCCUUCAGGUCUGUUGAGUCCCCCGAGUCCCACCGACCAACCGACUACCAGCGCUGGUAUGCUGAAGAACAGGUGUACCCUGUCUCCACCUACCAGGACAAGUUUGAACCCUACCUGGUACUCAGGAUGUCUCCCAGUCUUCCACUAUACGAUGAGCGGUUCUCAGGUUAUGGGAUGAACAAAGUCACCCACACCAUGGAGCUGCUAGCUGCUGGGUACCAGUUCCUUGUUCUUCCUAACGUGUGGGCCAUCCAUGUACCUCAUCGAUCAACAUCCUCCAACAUACAGUUUCUACAGAAACCUCUCCAGCGUCUCCACAACAGGGCAACUAGGUUUGAGUUUGUUGCUGACAUCAUGAGAAAAUACCAGGUUGGCCCCUGCAGUACUAAACCCAAGAGAUAGGAGGAGUCUGUGUGCAGCCAUCGCCAUCAAGAACUUUUAUCUCUCGUCUAUGUAUAUAAAAACUCAAUCUAAAACUUUUAUUUAAUAUUUGGCCUUGAUAUUUAGGACUUUCUGGUCAGGAGAUAAUGUUAGUUGAAAGAUGUGAUAACAUAGUCAGCAAUCCAAAAUUGAUUAAUACACUCCAGAAACAGCAUAUAGAUAUUCUGUGUUCUCUAUGUUGUGCCAACAAGUAUUAUCAUUUGCUUAAGGAAAAGAAAGUAUUACCUUGUAUGAUGAAAACGGGUUGCAAGAAUAAGUGAGUAAGUAAUAUUAUUUAAUCUAUAUGAUUAGAUUUUCUAUCUAGUCUUUAUAAUUAGAUUCAAAGCUCAAUGUUGCAAGUAUAGUUUUAAAUUUCAUCUAUUUUCCUAUGAUGUAAUUUAGCAUACUUUUAUUUUUGUAUCUUUGUUUACAAAGUCCAGCCAAGAUUUUUGUAUCUACUAUACUUCACUUUAUAAGUGGAUAGAAGAAGUAAGUUUUUUUAGCUUAUUAUGAGCAAUUACUGUAUAUAUAAUCUAUUAGUGUUAUACACAAUAGUACAGUAGAUGUGCUUAACUCAUGGCAUGAACUUUAUAACUAUUUAUAUGUCACUCUACAUUCUUUGAUUCAUAUUCCUUAAAUCAUUAGUAAAAUUAAAAGCAAUAUAGAAUGACAGUUCCAAGAUUGCCUUAUGUGUGAAGCAAUCAAAGCUGAUAUGUUUGAUAGAUAAUUGAAAGAUAAUUGAUAUACCAAAAGUGCUCGUCCUACAGAUCUGCUUAGUUAUAGAUGAUUCAGAGUUUUGUCCCACCAACAUGUCCAAAGUCGAUGUGUGAAAAAGUACUUUUCCACAGUCAAGGCCCCACGACACCAUACUUCUGUGUAGAGCCAUGUGUCCUGUACUGUAAUAGAACACAGAGUGUUAUAUGUAUUAUGUACAGAUGCACUAAAUACAAAUUAUUAGAUGUGUAAAGACGUGUUGCAUUGAUGUUGCAUGAAUUAAAAGAUGAAAAUAAAUUGAAUAGUAUUCCUUA